GCUCGUAAGAUUUAAACGACAUCUAGCCGCUCGGAAGAAUUACGGUUUAGUCGUAAAAUCAAGGCGUGACGUCAAUUAGUGCGCUGUAGAUAAAUUAUAGCCGAUAUGAAGCAAAGUGUAACUUUAAAAGACAUUUAUCGAUUUCUAAGAAAGUUCAUAGACGGGUAACCAUGUACACUGUACUGAGAUAAGAAAUUGGUGAUUAAUAUGUGAAAUCACGUGUCGCUCCGAGGCGAAGCAACUUCUAUGUAAUCAAAUUCUGAUCAAACUAAUCAACAACAAAUUAGUUUGUGACAAGCAUCGGCGGUUCACAGUCAAUUGUCACAUUUAUCGGGAUCAGUAAUUAAAUCAAUAAACGGUGAUGAGUCAACGUGAAAAUGACAUCCUGCCUGGGUUCGACUCUCAAUACCGAACAUACGGUCAAAAAGAUUUUUUUGCCCAAAGAGAACAUAUGAAACUGAAACUUACGUCAUUUGUAGAGAAAUAAUUGCUUCAAUGAUGCGAUAUUUUUGUUGGAUCUUUCAAAAGAGGAUGAAUAUAGUGUAAUGGACAAGCCGUUGGCUUUCACGCAGCCUGCCAGGCAGGUCCGUAUCCAGGAUUUUGUUUCGGGAGGGGUCCACACAAACUUUCUUAAAAUGUACUGCAUAAGUGAAAUUAGCAUUUCUCACCCAGUCGAACGGUUGUAAAACAAUGGACAGCACGAAACGGCUUAUCAGUAGCCAAAGCCUACUGAUCAGCAAUGAUGGAAUAUCAUUAUCGUUCGAUUGCUUACCCAAAAACCCCAGUUGGUGGAGACGCCGGACGGCGCUGGAAAAAGUUCUCACACUCAUCAGUGUUGUGUGCACGAUCGCAGUUGUGGCGCUUCUGAUCUCUUUGCUAUCGGUGCUGCUAACCGAUCGGAUACCAGAAUCGGAAAACGGUACAUCGCAAACACCGCAAGCGCUAACCGGUUCUCGACGGGGAAAAAAUAUUAAAUUAGGUUCCAAUGAAGCAAAAGGAGGCGAUUACCUAUGUCUCACCCCAGGAUGCAUUCAUUCGGCUUCCAAAGCGCUAGAUCAAAUGGAUUCCAGCGUGGAGCCCUGUGACGAUUUCUACAACUAUGCCUGCGGUAAAAUGGUUAAGGAGACCAACAUCCCGGACGAAAAGGUGUCAGUAAAUACUUUCUCGGUCAUCGGAGAUCAACUGCAAGAACAAUUGCGUUCGUUGGUAAGUGAAGAAAUUGGCGAGAAAGAAGGAACACCAUUCAAACUUGCCAAGAACCUGUUCAAGCUGUGUAUGAAUAAAACACGAAUUGAAGAAAAAGGUAUUAAACCACUACUGGAUAUAUUGGAUGUAUUGGGAGGUUGGCCAGUGCUGAAGGGUGACCAAUGGAAUUUGGACUCAUCGUGGUCGUGGGUAAAAUCGGUUAAGGAUUUCCGUCAGCAAGGUUUCAGUACUGAUUACUUCUUCGAUUUCUCCGUGGGAACUGAUUUGAAGAAUUCUACUCGGAGAAUUAUUGAUACGGACCAGGCUGCUCUAGGAAUCAGCCGCGAAUAUCUAGUCAAGGGCUUCGAAAGCCCAAUCGUUACAGCUUAUUAUAGCUAUAUGGUCGAUAUGGCCGUUCUGCUGGGAGCCGAGGAAGAACGUGCUAAGCGGGAACUUCUGGAUUCUCUGAACUUUGAAAUCGCGCUUGCCAACAUUUCAUUGCCAAACGAAAAACGUCGUAAUGCCACUGCCCUGUACAACCCAAUGACCGUCAAGGAUUUUCAGGCGAAAUAUCCAUACACGAACUGGGUAGAAUAUUUCAAUGUAAUUCUCAAGGACACCGGAAUAGUUAUUGAUGAAAACGAAGUAAUUAUUGUGAGUGUUCCAAGUUUCAUGGAACAGUUAGGACCAUUAUUGCAAAACACACCUAAGCGAACCAUGGCAAAUUACGUUAUGUGGCGUAUUAGUGGUUUCUCCUCAUUCUUCCUCACUGAGAAACUUCGCAAAAGACAGUUGCAAUAUAGUACGGCUCUAAGUGGAAAGCAGGAGCAGGAACCUCGCUGGAAAGAGUGUGUCGAUAUUACAUCAGGAAGUCUACCGAUAUCAGUAGGAGCAUUGUACAUCAGAAAGUAUUUCAAAGAAGAGUCAAAACGCGCUGCACUAGAUAUGGUUAAUGAUAUUAAGGCAGUGUUUGUUGACAUCCUGAAGAAGGUCGACUGGAUGGACGAAGUAACUCGACAGUCAGCUUUAGAGAAAGUAGAUUCAAUGGUAACUCACAUUGGAUACCCGGAUGAAUUGAUGGAUAACCGGAAAAUCACUGAAUAUUAUGAUGAUCUACAGUUCAAACCAGAAGAUAAUUACCUGAACACGAUUUUGUAUAUGAACCAAUUCGGAACUACGAAGGCAUUUAAGAAACUGAGACAAUCAGUUAACAAGACUGAUUGGAUCACCCACUCGAGGCCAGCCGUUGUGAAUGCUUUCUACUCGUCGAUUGAGAAUAGUAUUCAAUUCCCCGCUGGUAUUCUGCAGGGACAAUUUUUCUCCUACGAACGUCCGAAAUACAUGAACUACGGUGCCAUUGGAUUCGUUAUUGGUCACGAAAUUACUCACGGUUUCGAUGACCAAGGACGGCAGUUUGAUAAGAACGGUAAUUUGGUAGACUGGUGGCAGCCCGAUACUAAGAAAGCAUACUUGGAAAAAGCGCGUUGUAUUAUUGAACAAUAUGGAAACUAUAGCGAGCCAAAUGUAAAAUUGAACCUAAAUGGUAUCAACACACAGGGUGAAAACAUUGCCGAUAACGGAGGUAUAAAGGAAGCGUAUUACGCAUAUAGAAAGUGGGCCGAAAAGAACGGUCCAGAGCCACGUCUACCGGGAUUGGAUAUGACACCUGAGCAAAUGUUCUGGCUAUCAGCUGCCCAAACUUGGUGCUCAGUCUAUCGACCGGAAACUAUGAAAAUGCGUAUUACAACGGGAGUACACUCACCGGGACAGUUUCGAGUUCUAGGGCCAAUGAGCAAUAUGAUGGAGUUUUCGAAAGAUUUCAACUGCCCGGUUGGAUCCCCGAUGAACCCAGCGCACAAAUGCGAAGUUUGGUAGAACUGAUGCAACUGCAUGUCAUUUUGUACCGAUCCCUAUGUUCCUUUAUUAUUUCCUGUUCGAGACCCAAAUUAUUUCAACAUGCUUUAGUUUCACUUAUCGACUGUUCUUAACGAACAAACGUGAUAUAAUAGAAACCCCUCAGUCAAUUUAUCAUUCAUUCGGUUAAAAGUACUUAUAACUUCGGAACUGUUGUUCCCUACAAAAUGUCAUAAACAAGAUAUUACUUAAGUAUCGAUAUAAUGGAAGGACACUAUUAAUUUAUUCCAAGCGAUUUUAGUAACUGGAAAUUCUGGUUAAAAAAACUAAAAAUGUAUCUCUAAAAGAUAUAAAUGCAACAAUCUUUGUUGAAAAAGUGUCAUUAUCAUAUAAAUGCAAACGUAGCUGGAAUUAGAUGGCAACAUGCAAUCGAAGAAUACAAAAAUAUCAAUCUGAUGAAUUAAUGUGCUUGUUAUGACUUUAAGUAAUAAAUAGUUUGUAUUUUUGUAUUAGCGCAAUGUUCAAUUAUGAAUAUCAUUA